AUGGAGACGAUCAAAAAACGUUUGGAGACGUAUAAAACUGCAACAGCUCCGGUUGUAGACUAUUACAGGAAGAAGAAGAGACUACAUACAAUCAAAGCACAUGGAACUGUUGAUGAGAUUUUUGCUGAAGUUUCCAAACACUUGGAUGAAGUAGUAAAAAAGUGGGCUCUUAUAACAAUACUAGCCAUUAUCAAGCUCUAUUUCGAAGAUGCUAGUGUCGAAAACAAGCUUAAGGAAAAGAAGAAAUCUGUGGAAUACUACAGAUCGAAACUGAAUACCAUUGCAAGAAGUGUGGUAGACUUGAAAGCAUUUCAUAAAGCUAAAAUUCCAAUAUUUUUCAUUGUUGGAGGCCCUGGAUCCGGAAAAGGCACCCAAUGUGAAAGGAUUGUUGCAAAAUAUGGUUUGACACAUCUCUCUUCUGGUGAACUUCUACGAAAUGAGGUUAAAUCAGGCUCCCCAAGAGGAUUUUUGCUUUCUUAUAUCAUGGAGGCGGGAGAACUGGUUCCCUACGAGAUAGUUCUGGAUUUACUGAAGGAAAAUAUUGUUAAAGAGGUGAAAAAAGGAAGCAAAGGCUUUCUUAUCGAUGGCUAUCCCAGAGAUAUCAAACAAGGAGAAUUGUUUGAGGACGAGAUUCAAAAAGCCAGAUUAGUCAUAUUCCUCGAUGCUCCCAGUGAUGCACUCAUCGAACGAUUGUUGAAACGCGCCAGGACAAGCGGACGCUCUGAUGACAAUAUAGAGACCAUAAAGAAAAGUCUCGAAACAUAUACUACAAAAACAGCACCUGUAGUUGAUUACUACGAGAAGCAAAAUAAGCUCGUUAAGAUCAACGCAGAAGGCACAGAAGAUGAAGUAUUUGCGGAAGUUGUAAAGCAUAUUGAUGGACUCAUAGAGAAAAGGUAUGAGUAAA